AUGGAGAAACCGGAAGCUAUCCAACAAUUUGAGCAUCAGAGCGAGGAAGAGAGGAAGUACGACGGGGAGAGUGCUGAAAUCGAUGUUAACGAUGAGAAACGCAACAAGAAGUUUAAUCGACGCCUCGACUUGCGUAUCCUGCCACUAUGCUGCUGGGUCUAUCUGCUGAACUUCCUCGAUCGAGGCAACAUCGGCAACUCCAAGGUCCUAAAUGCGGAGACGGGCGAUGAUCUCCUCCAAAACACGCACAUGACGGCCGACGGCUACGCCAUCACAGUGACGCUCUUCUCCAUCGCGUACACGCUGUUCGAAGUCCCUUCCAACUUCGUCAUGAAGCACUACGUCCGGCCUAGCAUAUGGCUAGGCUUCCUACUAUUUGCGUGGGGCGCGCUGACGAUUGGGUUUGCGGGCGUGAAAAACUAUGCGAGUGUCGUCGUGCUGCGGUUUUUCAUUGGCGUUGCAGAGGCCGGGUUUUUCCCAGGCAUUGUGUAUCUCAUUACGAUAUGGUAUCGACACGAUGAGAGGGCGGUGCGGAUCGCGCUGGUGAUUGCAUUUUGUAAUCUUGCGGGUGCGUUUGGAGGCGCCAUUGCGUAUGGAGUUGGGCAUAUCAAUGGGGCUGCUGGCUUGGAGGGGUUUAGGUGGUUGUUUAUUAUCGAGGGCAUCAUCACCGUCCUCUCCGCCUUCCUCCUCUGGUUCUUCCUCCCGGACUAUCCCGCCCGCGCCCGCUGGCUCUCCGCCUCCGAGAAGCAGUUCGCCAUCGACCGUCUCGCCGAACGAGGAGGCGGCUACGAGCAGACGCACGGCUCGCGCCGCGAGAUCCUCGCCACGUGUUUCCAUCCGCGCAUGCUGUGCCACUACGUCGCUUACAUCGCGGACGUCGUACCGCAAGGCUCCUUUACCUUCUUCACUCCCACGAUCGUCACCGGGCUAGGAUACACCUCGAUCCACGCCCAGCUCCUCACCGUCCCUCCCUGGGUUGUUGGUUUCUGUGUCGCCAUCACCCUGUCGUACUCGGCAGACCACUUCAACGCCCGCGGCUUGCAUAUCAGCCUCGCCUCGCUUGUCGGCGGCAUCGGAUGGCUGACGGCAGGUCUGCUCCCGCACGACGCCUACGUAAAGCGCUACGGGUGUCUCUGUCUCGCGGCCGCGGGCGCAUUUCCUGCGGCGCCGUCGAUGACGAACUGGGUUACUUGCAAUACGCCGAGCUUCCUUACUAUUCCUUUGGCUAUUGCCCUGCAUAACUCGUCAGCGGGCCUGGGUCAGAUUAUAGCACAGUGGAUUUGGCGUGCUGAUGAGGCUGGCAAGGGGUAUCCGACGGGGAACUUUGUCUGCGCGGGGUGUAGCUUCUUCGUUGCUAUUAUUGCUGCUGGGCUAAGGGUAUGGUAUGGGAGGAUGAAUAAGAAGGGAGAGAGAGAUGCUGCGGGCAGGGAGAGGGUGUGGGCUUAUUGAAGGGCUGGGAAGAAAAGGACGACCGCUGAUGCGCCUUCAUGAUAAGGCUUCAGUGUCAUAAGUAGAGUCAAGGAGGGGAGUUUGAAAGUCGACUCAGA